UAACCAAAAACCUCCACUCCAGUAUAUAUCAUGCAUCAUUUCGUUUCAUCAGUCGUGCGAGCACCACCCUCUUAUCCUCUCCUCCCACUCGCCUCGCGCCCCCAAAUUCUACGCCGCCUCCUCGGCCUCGGCGCAGUGCUCCGGCCCCUCGGCGGCGUUGCCCUAGAUCCCGCUGGCGGCUCGCCGUCGCUUCCGGCGCGCGCUAUGCCAUGAGCAGAGACCUCGAGGACGGGCACGGCGCUGUCGGCAGCGUUAUCGCAGCGGCAGGAGGAGAGGCCGCGGAGGUGGCGGUGGGUGGUGACGGCGGCGGCGAGGCCGGCGACGCGCACGACAACGACGUGGUGAUGCCGGGGUUCCGGUUCCACCCCACGGAGGAGGAGCUGAUCGAGUUCUACCUCCGGCGCAAGGUCGAGGGAAAACGCUUCAACGUCGAGCUCAUCGCCUUCCUCGACCUCUACCGCUUCGACCCAUGGGAGCUCCCAGCAAUGGCGGUGAUGGGCGGGAAGGAGUGGUUCUUCUACGUGCCGAGGGACCGGAAGUACCGGAACGGAGACAGGCCGAACCGGGUGACGGCGUCGGGGUACUGGAAGGCGACGGGCGCUGACCGGAUGAUCCGAGGCGAGAACAACCGCCCCAUCGGGCUGAAGAAGACGCUCGUGUUCUACUCCGGCAAGGCGCCCAAGGGCGUCCGCAGCAGCUGGAUCAUGAACGAGUACCGCCUCCCGCCACCGGCCACCGACGCCGACCCUCUGAUUCCCAAGUCCGAGAUCUCUCUCUGCCGCGUCUACAAGCGCUCUGGCAUCGACGACGGCCACGGGCAGUCAUCCUCCAGCACCCAACAAGCUUCCUCAGCGCGGCGGACCUCCUCCCGCACUGGUGUGCCGACGACGACCGUUCGGCAGCGAUCGUCGCCGUCAUCGACGCCACUGUCACCGACGCAGCAGAUCAGCAGCUUCCAUCUGCUCCAAGGAGAAUCAUCGUCUGCGUCACCGCCGGCGCCCAUAAUGGAUCAUCAAGUGGUCACCGUGCACAGCGCGCCACCGCAGCUUCUGCCUCAUCACCCAAUGCCAUGCACGUACGCGCCGGUGACGACGAUGUCAACAGUGGAAGCUGCGCCGCAAUCAGCACAGGCCGGCGCGGCGACUGCCCUCGCCUCCACGUACUCGGUCUUCAACAUGGCCGCCGGCGCCGCCGCUAUGGCCGGCAGCUCAAGGUCCGUCGACGAGCUGAGCACGCUGGUUGGUCCCACUCCCGCCCAGGCCUACGCCAGCCUCUCGGCCGCGACGGGCGGCCACCUCCUCCCAUUACUGACGACGCCUCCACUGCCAAUGCUACAAAUGACGCCGCAUGGUGCGCUGCCGAUCGUGGCGCCGCCAUCGUCUUCAUCAGUCGCUGACAAGCUUAGCUGGGACUGGAACCCCAUACCUGACACGACAGACCGGGAUUACAAUCCUUCUGGUUUUAAGUGAGCCCAAACUCACUGUUAAGUUCUGAAAACCUGCCAUCAGUGUAGGCUAACAUAUAUAUAACGCAUGCAUGUCGAUUAGUAUAUACGAACAAUAAUACUAAAUGAUCAGGAUUAUAUUCAGAACUGAAGAUAUAUAAGUGGUGGUCUGUAAGCAUAAUGGGAUCACUAAAAUUCAGUUGCAUGCAAGUUUAAUUCCUCCUGAUUCCAUGCGUGACUUUAACAGCUAGUACUUAUUAGAAUUGGUGUAUUUUUCUUAAUUGCCCAAGAGGUUUUUGGUAGUUUUAAUUUUUGUAGUUAAACUGCAAGACACACAUGAAAUAAUGUGAGCAUGAUUGGACGCAGACCGUUGCAGCAGGGUUUGUUUCUUUCUGCAUGAUUGGGAGGAAGACUUGCAGGGGGUGGACAAGGAUAGAUAAAAAGCUUUUGCAUGUGCCCACAGGAAUUGUGUAUUCUUUCAGAUCUAGUCUCUUGUGCAUCCAUGGAAUGAUUCA